AUGGCCGAUUCCAGACCGGGCGGGGAAAAAGAUGCAUACUCUCAACAGCGACGUUUAUCUGGCUCAGCUCGACAGCCUCCAUGCAGCCAUCCAACGCAAGAGACCCCGCAAAAAGAAUCACAUCGUCUUCCAGCACGACAACGGCAAGCCCCAUGUCGAGCAUCGAGUGAUCGAAGAGAAGGGUUGGGUUCUGCUCCCACACCCGCCAUACUCUCCCACGGAAGCUCCCUCGGACUACCACGUCAACCGCUCAUUGAAAAACUGGAUGGUGAACAAAUUGAUGAAUCGCGUGCUGAACGUGAUCUUGGUUAUGAUAUCCGGUCUGGACGGUGGGGAGCUGUGCUUGCUUCAUGCGGUGAUAUUGCUUCAUAUUUAUCAUCCUACAAGUAUCCAUCAACAACUUCCAGAAUACCAAGAACAAUAUUACACCACAGUAAUUUUAAAGGCAAUGAAUUCCGCUUAAUACUUUCCUUUGGAUUACCGGCAUUUCGAUUACCAAUGAAAAUAAAAUAUUAUCACUAUUUUCAAUUAUUAGUAAUAGCAAUGCAGCUUGCGGAGUCACGCUCAAUUGAACCGUCAACGAUCCCGGAUAUUGAUGAUUUAUUAACAAAAUUUCUUCAACAGUUCCCAUUACUGCAUACGAAAAGACAUAAUGUUCAAUCCGUGCAUAGUAUUGAGCAUAUUGGAGCAACAGUACAAGAUUUUGGUCAGUUAUCCAACUAUUCAACAUUUAAUUUUGAAAGCCUUUUAGGAAUUUCAUCCUCAUUUGAAACAUUAUUUAGAAAAUAUCCAAGCAAACAAACGAAAUGUGAUCAGAAAUGCAACGAAGGAUAA